AUGCUUGCCCUCCGUGGGGCCUACUGUCUAGUCAGAGAUAAGACCUACAUACUCAGGAGACACUCGAACUGUGGGGACGAUGAAGGGACCGCUCCCACCACCGCCCCGGUGGCCACGUCUCCCGCCGCACUGGCACUCGCAGCCGCCCCGGCUCAGCAGGACCCGUACCCGAGGCCCCAGCCCCGCGACCCUGAGGCCACAGCCCCGCGACCCCGAGGCAGAGCCCAGCCGCCCCUGCUCUCCGGCCCGGCCCUAGCCCCGCCUCCGGCCGCUCCGCAGCAGCCCGCGAAGAAGGCGAGCGCGGCGCGGGGAGGGACUACGGCAGAGGCUCUCCUGUCCCGGCCAGCGCCGGGCUCCCGCCGUCUCCGUCCUUUCCCUCCACACUCGGGGUUCGGGAACCCUCCCCAGGCACCCGCACCGCCCUCUCAGACCGGCGCUGCCUGCUCCGCCGCGACGCCCGCCCUCGGCCGGCCCCCGCCCUCGGCCCCGCCCCUCCUGCCCUCGGCCCCGGCUCCUGCCCGGGCAUCCUCCUCAGUCCGCCGCUGCCGCGCCGCUCCACGCUCUCUUCCGCACUCCGUUGACCUGAAGAGCUUCUGCAGCGACCGGUAACGCCCCGACAACGGCCAACAACGGCCGACAACGGAAAUAUCCGGGCUACCGCCUCCCGCAGAGGGGAGGGGGCUGAGGGAGGAGCCGACGCCGGGUGGGCGGGGCUGAGGGAGGAGCCGACGCCGGAGUGGGCGGGGCCGGGCGUUUCUUCCUUGCAAGAGUUUAACGUGCUGGAUCAGUUGAACCGCGAAUAUGGAAACGAACUUCAGCAGUGUGAUAAGUGGAGGAGUCACAUUCCGUCAUCCCGCUCUCAGGUUCUCUCAUAGUGAAAGUGGAAUUUUUACAUGUUCCAAGUCCUUGUCUUAUUUAUUGAUUUAUUUAUAUUUGCCUUUCUCCUUCACAGAAAAGGGUUUCUAAAUUUCUUGGCCUCCUUUGACAGAACAUAAAUGUAUAUCAUCUCUCAAAAUAAAAUUAAAACAAGGAAGAAUAAGAAACUACAGAGAAAUGGAAGAAAUGUGGCUGUUUACAAAAGCAGGAAUCACUCAAAAGCAUUUCUCUCAUUUUUUAACUGGUGGUCGCUCGAUGUUGGCAAGUAGCUCUGAGUAGUAACGAGGCUGGAUUGUGAGUGAGACUCCAACAGUGUGCUUGAUUCCAGAGGAAAUUCAGGUCGCUCCUUCCUGUAACUCCUCUAUAAAAAUGCAUUUCACAUAGAAGUCCUGUGCGAGGGUCACCAGACCUGCUGGCAUCUGCACCUGCACUCACAUUGGGGCAGUUAAGGGGGCCAUAUGCGGGGGCUGUGGCAGUAUGAAGUUGAAUGAGGGUUUGUAUUGUAAAUGUUCAUGAAGAAAUCUCUAGAAUGAUCAAAAAAUGGUAAAACUGAUAGAGCACAUGGUGUGGGUCAGACACUUGAUAUUCAUGAUCUGAUUGAAUCGGGCAAAGAGCACUCCCAGUUUUCUUCAGAAAAAUAUGUGGAUAUGUGUAAAGUCACUGUUUCUGCUCUAAGACUUUGGUCUGUGAGUCCCAUAUGGAGGGAGAUGAAACAGUCCAUGCACCAUGUCUGUUUGGGGAGUUCCCUGAGGUAGAGCGUGGGGUGCUGUCGCUGAUGUUGUCUUAGUCACCAUGGUUCGUGGAGGCCCUGCAGGAGGGAGCGAGGCCUCAGACCUCAGAUGUAUGUGCCAGAGUCACAGUCUGACCCAGCCCUGACUUUCAAAGGAAUGACCACUAUGAGGUUACAUUUCAAGGGUAAACUGCUUACUCUCUUCCUUGAUAGCUGUCCCCUGGCACUCUGGGCUUGUGACUCUCCACUCUUGGGGGUAAGGCAUGUGUUCCUGUGGGUGUGCAUGCAUGUGCAUGCACGUAGGGGUGGAAGGACUUGGGAGGAGAUGGGGAUGGGUGUGUGGGUGCAGUACAAGUUGAGCUGAGACAGUGAAUGUUGAUUGAACCCCUACUGUAUUCCAGGCCCUGUGUUAGGCACUGGGCAUACAGUGGUCAACAUCAUGGAUGCCUGCCUGGUGUAAUGAGGGUAGUGAAUGAAAGAGGACAAAUAAAACAGACUGUUAAUGAGGAAUUCAGACCCAGGAGGGCCUGCCAUGUUGCUCUUUUGCCCUCUCAGGCUGGGGACAUUCGGUCACAAUCGCUGAGAGCCCUUCACUGCAACAGAACCCACCUGCAACCCACAGAAGAGGUGUUGUGAUCUGGAUAAUUUGCAGCAGUAAUCCUAAGUACUUUUAAAGUGGGCAGACUUUCCCAAAUUCUAAGCUAUGUCUAGUUUUUCAGAAGCCCAGGAACAAGGAAUUAAGAAGCCUGAAUGUCUCCAUCAUUAUACAGGAGAAAUAACACUUAGAUGAAUCACAAACAACUGAACUUUGUGUUUACCACCGGAAAUUAUCAUGAGGCUCAAGUUAAAACAUUAGUGGAGAAUAAACACUAAAAUUAAGUCAUUCAGACCCCAGUGCACAGGGGUAUCUAAUCGCAUUGAAAUCUGCAUUUCAGGAUUGUAUGAAAUCAUGGUGCAUGUGGUGACUAGAGACGUAUUAGCAUACGAAAAAUAGAAAUAAUGACUUUUUGGAAAAAAAAUAAAAUUCCAAAUAUGAACUUUACAUGUUAAGAAGUUUUAUCUGAGCAACUUUCAGACGUUUAAGCUGUUUGUAGAUUUUGUAUAAAUAAUCACUUUGAUUAAAUCCCAGUGCUCACAUUUUCAGUAAUACGUUUUCGUAUUUUCCAGUAGUUGUUGCUAAUGAAAAGUGAAAUUGCAUUUAUGAAUAUAAAUUAUUAACGUUGGCCUAUUGAUACACAGUAGCUAAUUUUCAAGAUACUGUCUGU